AUGGCCAUGGGACUCCAGCAGCAGCAACACACACAGGGCUCGCCGCCCAUCCACUUCCCCGGCGACUUUGUCGAGUACGGCCAGCAGUACGACAACAACAGCGGCCACCACAGCGACCCGUCCUCUUCUCAGCAGCGUCAAUCCCGCGGUGAGGGCGGCAGGAACGGCCGGUAUCGAAGACCGCGUUCCCCUUCCCUCGACGACGAUUCUCGCUUCACUACCGGGCCCAGCGGCGGUGAGGAUCCGCGGGCUAGCUCUGACGCUGCGCUGCAUGAUGCCGUGCUCGCGCAGGCGCCCCAUCAACAGCAGCGCGUAAUCCCAACAAACGGCCGCAACGGAGGCCAACCCCGCGCCGCAGGCCCUCGCGCACCCCCCGCCGCCGCAAACGCAUCCCAGAACCGCCGCUCCCAGCCCCCGCCAGUCAACUCCCAGCUGCCGCCCUACAUGGGCGAGAACCCCGACGAAUGGAGCCCGUCCAAGGACGCCGCAGGAGCAGGCGGCUACUCCCGCCGCCGCACAGAGCGCCACGCCCGCCGGCAAUCCUCCACCGGCAGCCGCGCCCCGGGAGCCCCGGACCCGCCCCAAAUGAGCGGCGGCGCGUCCCCGCGCGGCCCGCCCGAAAGCCAGCACUCUCCCAGAGAUAGACUCCCGUCCCAGCAGCUACAGCAGCAACAGCGAGAGCAGCACAUCCCCAACCCGGCAGGCGGUCUUCGCCCUCCUUCCCCGCCAGCCGUGAACGAGAGCACCCUCAGCGACAUCAGCCGCGUCAACAGCCCCAGCAUCUCCAAAUCCGUCCUCGAGCCCCUCCAGCGCAAGAUGCUCGAGUACCACCGCCUCAUGGACGAAGCUCAGGGUCAGAUGGCGCAGUACGACGAGGAGCUUCGCCUCCUGCAGGAGCGCCGCCGUCUAGCCGAGCAAAGAUUCGUCGAUGCGAAGACUAAGCACGAUGAGUACGAGAGGCAGCACCUCGAUGUCGAGCGUGCGCUGCGCGGUGAUUAUGCGCCGCCUCAGCAGGUACAGCAGCAGCAGCAGAUGAUGCAGCAGCAGCAGAGUCAGCAGCAGAUGUAUCAGAAUAGUCCGCCCAGGACGGUGCCGAGACCGGCGUCGAGUAUUAUGAGCUAUGAUGAUCGGCCGAUGAGCGGGCACAGCUCGGGCCCAAAAAAGGGGAAGCUGAGGUUCAGUUUGUUUGGGAGGUAG